AUACAUCCAUACAUACAUAAUUCUAUACCACUAUUCAGCAAUGUAAAACCAUAUAUAAUAUAUGUGAAAUAUAUAUCAUAUUGAUAUAACUCAGAGAGAGCGUAGUCAAUGGUCAUGGUCAAGAAAAGUAUUGAAUAAAAUAGAAGCAAAUAGAUGAAAGGGGUGAGUCUGAAUAAGAUCAAUACAAAGCAGAACUUGCUUUGAAGGCCAUUGAUCAUCAACCAAAUUAUGCCCCUAUCUGUCUCUGAUUAACAUCCAAGCUCCAAAGAGAAACACAAAGUGUAGUAACCAAAUAGAGAUUCAUAUGGGGAUUUGCUUUGCUUCUCUUUCUAGGACCCAAAGCCCUAACACUACUGGCAACCUUAGUUCAGGAAUAUCACAGACAACCAGUAACACAAUAUCUUCAGGAGGCACAACAUCUUCAGGUGGCACCAACCUGUCCACUGCCAGCGAGUUCUCGGCUGCAAGUGGCAACGAUGAGACUUUUCCGGGUGGGCAGAUCUUGCCCACCCCCAACUUGAGGAUAUUCACUUUUGCGGAAUUGAAGAUUGCAACCAGAAAUUUCAGAGCAGAUACAGUUUUGGGAGAAGGUGGUUUCGGGAAAGUUUACAAGGGUUGGCUCGAUGACAAGGUUACACCUAGGAAUGGUAGUGGAAUGACUGUUGCGGUCAAGAAGUUGAAUUCUGAAAGCAUGCAAGGCUUUGAAGAGUGGCAGUCUGAGGUGAAUUUCCUUGGAAGGCUUUAUCAUCCUAACCUUGUUAAGUUGUUGGGAUAUUGUUGGGAGGAUAAAGAGCUACUUCUUGUUUACGAGUUCAUGCAAAAGGGCAGCUUGGAGAAUCACCUUUUCGGAAGGGGCUCAGCUGUUCAGCCACUUCCAUGGGAAAUAAGGCUUAAAAUUUUAUUAGGAGCAGCUCGAGGGCUGGCAUUCUUGCACACAUCGGAGAAACAAGUAAUUUAUAGAGAUUUCAAGGCCUCAAACAUAUUGCUUGAUGGGUCUUAUAAUGCAAAAAUAUCGGACUUUGGCCUGGCAAAAAUGGGUCCCUCAGCUAGUCAGUCACAUGUUACAACACGGGUUAUGGGAACAUAUGGCUACGCUGCACCCGAGUAUGUUGCCACAGGACAUUUAUAUGUGAAGAGCGACGUGUAUGGUUUUGGUGUCGUUUUGGUUGAGAUGCUGACAGGUUUACGAGCACUUGACACAAACCGUCCGAGUGGGCAACAUAAUCUGGUUGACUGGAUUAAACCAUAUUUAUAUGACAGAAGAAAGUUAAAGAACAUAGUGGACUUGCGGUUGGAAGGAAAGUAUCCUUCCAAAGCUGCAGUACAGGUUGCUCAGCUUUCUCUAAGUUGUCUUGGACCUGAACCCAAAACCAGGCCAUCAAUGAAAGAAGUUGUGGAAAGACUCGAACGGAUUGAAGCUGUCAAUGAAAGGCCAAGGGAGCGUAGAAUUAAUACACAUCGCACAGCUUAUCAACAUGGCCAACAGCCUUUACAUCAUCGUUCUCCACAUCACCCCAGGCAAAAUGGAAAUGGAAACUAUCAACAUUCACUGCGAGCGUAACAACUUGGAUUCUACCACUUACUGUGAACAAACAAGAGGUCUUUCCACACGUGUACACUGAUUCUUACAUUGAACAAGUCUCUAUUUUUUCUGUUGUUUGAUCUCCUGGAAGUGUUGCAAACUGAGUUGUUAAACUGCUGAGCUGUGUUACAUAGAUGAGAAUGUCAAUGAUAUUGACUGUAAUUAUUUUGGUUGGUCUAUUCAGUUCUGUUUGAUAUUAUUUUAAACAUAAAUCAUUAUUUAUUCAUGGGAGUAAUUUUAUCAGUAAUGAUAGAACUCUCACAUGGUUGUAGAUUUUAAAUACUCAGAUUAAUGAAGAAUACUAUGGUAGUUGUGAUGAUUGAAA